AUGACCGGCGGCCCAUGUUAUGAAGUCCGGCUAGGACGCAAAGAUGGGCUUGUUUCACAGACUUCCCAGGUCGAAGGAAAUAGCCGGGCUAAUCAAACCAUAGACCAAAUGAUAGCCAAAUUCGCUUCCAAGAACUUCACCAUCCAAGAAAUGGUGAGGAGUUUGGGAAUUCUAGCUGCAGACAGUGCACUUAUUGCAGACCCAAGAACCAAGCCAUUCGUGGAAAAAUAUGCUGAGGAUUCUAACGUUUUCUUUGAUGAUUUUGGUAAGGCAAUGGAGAAGCUUAGUGUCUAUGGAGUCAAGACUGGACACAAGGGCGAAGUUAAAGAAGAUGUAACAUGA